AUGGAUCUCUCAGACAUUUUUAGAAAAGGACUUCAAAACUUACACAAGGAUAUUUUUGACAAGAACUAUAAGAAAAAAAGUUUGCUUUCACGCAAGGAAUCUCUUAUGAACGCUAGAAGACAAACUAGGGACACUCUCAUGUUUAAUAAGAGAAAUAUAGAUAUUAAUAUGUCACCAUAUAUUACCCCUGAACCAGAAAAGAAAAAAAAUCCUGAACCUGCCAAACCUAAACCUAUAGUUGAAGAACCAAAUAAGAGAUAUGAAAUGUUAAAACAAUGGAAAGAGAAAAGAAAUAAACAGAAGGAAGAGGAGAAAAAACGGGCUAAGCCAAUUUUUAAAGUAUUCCAUGUAAAUCAAAACAUAGGAUUACCCAAUUUAGACAAGGUAAAUAAGGAGAUUAAGGGUAAACCAAUAAAAACAUUUAGCACACCUACUGUACUCUCAUUUGCACCAGCGAAUCAUACAUUUAAAGCUCCAAACAACAUGCGAGCAGUGCAAUUUGCCAAGCCAGUUGAAAGGAAUAGAAAGCCAAGUAAUUCAUUUUUGCAAAGUCAGAAGCCCACAAAUGUUACGAAGUCACAGAUAAAAUCAGAGUCUAGAAUGAAUGUUGCCAAAAAUUAUCAAAGGACUGAAACUAGAGCUAAUGGAAAUAUCUCUAUAAAUAAAUCAAUUGAAUCAAGAAAUACUCUGAAGAGACCAGGAACUAAGCAAAAGGAAAACAUAAAGAAGCCAAUAAAUCAGAAUGUUAAAACAAAUAUUUUUAGUCCUCAAGUGAUAGGAAACAAAGGACAGUUGUCAAAACCAUCACAAGUCAGUAAGAAUGUUGGAUGGGAUCUACAUGAGACAUUUGAAAUGUCAGAUGAUAAUUUUGAUCAAAAAGAACAGUCAGGGAGAAAAUAUAAAAAGACUCCUAUUAAACCAAGGAAUCAAGUAAAUAAAUCAAUUGGAAUAACAACACCUGUUGAAAUAUCUCCUGUUGAAAAGGUCAGUGGCUUAAAAAUAUCAGGGGGAAAACAUGUAACACCCAAAGGGAGUAUGUCUACAAACAACAAAUUUGCCAAUAAAACACCCAAUAAAACACCUAAUAAAACACCCAACAAAACUACAAAGAAAGAGGUUUUUAAAACACCAGUAGGAAAAGCUAAAACACCAAAAAUGAGUAGAUCUGUAAAAGGUACGCCAUCAUCAAUAGUAAAAAGUAAAAUAUCUACAUCUAGACAAAGCAAUAAAUCAAAAAAAGACAGUAGUGUAAUACUUAUUGACGACAGUGCUGAAGGGGAUGAUUCUGAAAAUGAACUAGAAAAAGUAGUUAUAUAUGAUGAUGAAGAAAUCACAUUAAAAACUCCGAUUAAAAAGAGUCGCAUGUCCAGAGUUUCUAGUGUUAGAAAAUCAACAAAACCAACAAGUAAUAUUGAGAGUGAGCUAUUUAAUGAUAUAUAUGAUACUCUUGAUGCUGACUUGAAAACCACUAACCUGAGGGAUGGAAAACGUAAAAGUGAAAAGAAAUCAAGUACUAAUAACAAAAAGUUAGAUAUAAAUUCAGAAAAACAAACUCCUGAAAAUAAAUCUCUAAGAGAUAAUAAUAAAAGCAACAUCCAGCAGGAAAUAGGAUCAAAUGAAAAAACGCCAAUUAAUAAAAAAAGAGAAAGUACAUAUAUUAGCCCCUUUGUAACGAUAUCCAGAGGAAAAGAGGCUGCUAGGAGGGAAUUUGAAAUCAGAAAAUCCACAGGUGGCACCUUUAUUUCACCAGAAGGUAAGGAUUUUUCCAACACUACAAGUCCCCAAGCUGGUGCUGACUAUUUUGAAAGAUUGUUAAAUAAUCAGAUUACCAGAAUUAAAGCAAAGUGUGCUGUAUGGGAAAUGUAUCAAGCAAACAAUAACAUAUCGGAAGAAACUGACGAUAUGAUCAACGUUGUCGUCGGUCAAUCUAAUUUGCUGAUCACUAAAAAGUUUGAACAGUUUAGAGGUUUGAUCUCUGAGUGUAAAUCCUCAGAAUUCAAAGAAAAACCGAUAACAUGUGAAGACUUACACGGAUUUUGGGAUAUGAUGUAUAAACAAGUUAUUGAUUUAGAUAAUAGAUAUGAAAAUUUGGAAAGAUUAAAGAAUAAUAACUGGGAGGAAAUCGUACCAGAAAAAAAAGUUGUACCAAAACGCGGAAGAGGUCGUCCUAAAAAAACGACAACUUCAUCUUCAUCAUCAAUAAGAGAAAUGAUUAAAGCCGCUAGAAAUAAACUGAAAAAUGAUGAAGCAACUGUGGUUCUAAAAACACCAGAUCCUGUAAAAAAAUUAACACCUGUUAACAAUGGUACAAAAGACAGCCUCAGAGUCUCACUCCUUAAAAGUUCAGCCGUGAAGCGGCUCAGCUCUCCUGGAUUAACGAUGAUGAAAGUUACUCAAGCUAUAAAAGCGGGCGAUGGAAUAACUCCUAGUAAAAGUAUUCUUAAGACAAGCAUGUCAAAUUCUACCAAAAGGCGGCAUACAAAGUCUGUACUUUUCGUUGAUGAUCCAAAAGAGGAAAAGGUGUCGAGGAAUUUGAGUUUUAGUUUAGAAGACAAAGAAAACAACCCCGAAGAAGAUCUAAAUAUUAACAAUGUCAGUAAAAAUAAUGAUAAUACUACUCCAGUUAGAAGAUCAUCACGAAGACUGAGUAAAGUAAAGUGUAAAGCGUCCUUAUGUUCGUGA